AUGAUCGGCCCCCACCACCUGGACGACGAUAUCGAGGCGGCCGAGAGCUUCUUCAACGCCGUAUCGUCCAUCCGCGGCCACAUCCACGAGGACUUUGGCCAGGCCGUGGCCGAUCUCGUCGGGCUGGGUAACGGCAACGGUUACACGGGAGACAUCGGCAGUCCCGGCCACCAUCACCACGACGACGACAGCAGCUUUACGAUAUACGAGCUAAUCUCCAAGAGCAAAUUCACCAAAAAGUUCGCCAAGCUAGUCGACGACCACCCUAGCGUGGUGGAUCUGCUCAACAGCACCUCUGCCAACUACACGCUCUUUGUACCUGUGGACAAGGCCUUUGAGGACAUCCCGGACGAUCAUAAGAAGCCUAGCAAAGAGUUUAUCGAAAACGCCCUGCUCUACCACAUUGCCAAGGGCGAGUAUCCGGCACUCAAGAUCCUGCACUCGUACACGCUGCCCACUGCCUACGACGAGGAACUUCUCGGCGGUGAGCCUCAGCGUCUUCGUCCCUCUGUCAACUUGGGCGGAGUCAAGCUCAACUUCUACAGCAAAGUGAUCGCUGCUGACAUUGCAGCCAAGAACGGCAUUAUCCAUGCCGUCAAUCACAUCCUGGUGCCGCCCCCUUUUAUCGGUCGAAUCAUCACGCUGUUCCCUGACCGGUUCUCGACCCUGCUGCUUGCCUAUGAGAAGACGGACUUUGUCAAGGAGAUUCACGGCAUCAACCUCAAGGGCAGCACCGUCUUUGUCCCCACCAAUGAGGCUUUUAACUGGCUGGGGCCCAGGGCAAACGCCUUUCUCUUCAACACCAACAAGGGACACAAGUACCUAAAGGCCAUUCUCAAGUAUAACAUUGUGCCCAACGCUACGCUCUACACCGAUGCGUUCUACGACGAGAGAGAGUCGGAGCAGCAAAAGGAGCCGGUUGAGGAGCUUACCAGCGAGCACUACGACCUGCCCACGCUGCUCGGCGACGCACACAUCAGCGUCGACAUUGCCCGCAUCUUUGGGUUUGCCUCCAUCAAGGUGAAUGGCUAUUCGCGAGUGGUUAUUCCCAACGGUGUGGCCAAGAACGGCGUCAUCCAUGUCGUCAACCGAGUUCCUCUCCCUCCUCACAAGGGCCACCGCCACCACCAUUCAGAGAACGUUGGUGAGAUCGACGUCAAGGAUCUGAUGAACAGACUUGCGGAUUACGUGUGA